AUGCAACUCGAGCAGCCCAAGAUCAGUGCCAAGCGGGCCGCAGUCAAGGCCGUCAAAGAUUUGAGCCUCCUGCAGAAGGAGAAGCCCAAGCAAAAGAAGAGUGCUGGCAAACAGCUCGAUUCGACACUCAAUUGGAUGCGGGACUGGUCAACUGGCCUUGUCGUGGGGCAGCAGAAGGACUCGGACUUUGGCGCUUCCGCGAUGGCGGGGAUUGUCGAGGACCUCACCGUCGCCGCGCCGCCCACGACCAUUCUGGACACUCGAGAGGAGCUCCCUACAGGCACACCGGAAACUUUUCUGGCAUACAUCCAGCGAGACAUCAACUGCCUGUCUGAGGACACGAUAAACGUCCGCCUGCAAUCGCUUCAGAAGUUGGAGCGGAUCCUGGUGCGGCAGGGUGACAUCCUAGCAACAGACGUCGUGGACGCUGUCUUCGACGCGAUGCUCAAGCCGCUUCUGAAGCGGCUGAAGGACAAGAGCGAGAAGUGUCGCGAGCUGGCCGUGAAGAUUCUCCGCAGUCUGGUGGAGAAUACCUCGGACCUCGCCGCCGCACUGCCCUACGUUUUUCCGACGCUGGUGUCCCGCCUGGGCUGCGAGGACUUAGACGGUGUUGCGCACCUACCGGAGAUCAUGCGGCCGGACCCGGAGCAGAAACCGACGGAGAUCGCUCGGCCGGUGGAGGACAGCGAGGAGGUCCGCUUGGAGCUGGGCCACUUCGUCGCCUCGCUCCUCCAGCGGUGCAGCCCGAUCCAGAUCUACUCCUACAUUGAUGAGGCGACAGGUCUCAUCCGCGCCCAAGCGAUGGAUCCUUUCCAUGGAGUCAAGGCCCUGGCUUGCGACACCAUGGUGACCUUCUGCUACAACAACAGAGAGAUGUUGCUGCACUUUGCGCUGCCGCUGGCCCGCGCACUGACGUCCUGCCUCACGCACAACCAUGCCAAGCUGCGGAUCGCUGGCUUGCGCGCGAUCACCGCUUGCCUCUUCUGUGGGGUGUGGAAGCACAACUUCGAGAUUUUCGAGGUGCUCAUGGCAUGGCAGGACCCAAACAAGGUUCCGAUAAAGGCGUUCUACGAGGGCGUAACGAAUGUCAACUACAUGUCCACCUUGAGUUUCGAUCGCCACCCGGCAGUGCGCCGGUUUUGGUUCGAAACACUGGCAUACUGGAUGAUACGAUGUGUGGACAAGGUGGACCUGGAGCCGUACAUAGCUCCCUACCUGCUGACGGGCUUGUGCGACGAGAAUGAGGAGAUCGCCUUGGAGGUCUUCUGGCUCAUCGAGCGCAUCGGUGAGGCCUACGAGGAGGAGCACGAGGAGGACCUGCGGAAAACGAAGCAAUACGGUUUUGAUUAUACCUGGACCUACAGCGGGCGUGCGUUUGUGCCGUUUCCGCUCCAGGGCAUCUGGGGCGGCGGCUCCUCCGUUCCGCGGCACAUCAGGCGCACCGGCGCCCAAGGACCCGAUUUUCUCGGCCACCGCCCGCUACCCGAGCAUCAGCAUCGGGAGCAGUUGGCAAGCGAGGUCGAGGAUCUUGACGAGGAGGCCACGGACUCGCAGGACCGCCGGGCCUUGGGGACGCGGGCGGAGCUCCCGAGCCGUGACAGUUGCUGGCCAGAGUUUCGGGAUCUGGCUGUUUACCGCCGGCUGCCGCGGCCACGGCUGGGCUCGCGAUCCUGGGUGCGAACCCACAGCCGGCGCUUCAUCAAGGCCACCUUCAAUGACGUCGUCGAUUUUCGUGACUGCACGUCCUUGAAUGCUGGCCGCCUGCUGUGUAUGUCCCUAGCCUACACCGAAGAAGGGGUCACCGAGUGGCUGCAGCCCAUGAUGGCGGCGCUGGUCAAGUUCUACUCUGGCCGAGCCUGGGCAGCUGCGGAUGCGAGGGCCAUGCAGACCUACAGCACCGUCUGCAAGCUGCUCGGGGCUUUCCUGGAGCCAACUUCGCUCUGGACGCAGCUGAGGGGAGCCCUGGACGCAGACUCCACCAUGGACCUGGAUCAGCGUGUCGCCAGUGUCCGGAUACUGGCCAUGGCCCUGGAGGGGCACGUCGAGGUAUUGGAGAGCAUCCAGCCGCCGGACCCAUCCCUGGGACUUGGUCAGUUGGAGCCAAUCCUGCCGGAGCUCAUCGAUGCCAUGCACGGGUCGGAUCUGCUUCUGUCGCCCACGCCGGAGUCGCGCGAGGCCAUGUGGAUGGUCCUGUCGGCCUUCCUGGAGCCCCUCCGGCCCUUCCUGACGGAGUCGCAAGUCUCCCAGCUGCUGUUCAUCUCCCUCGCGUUGGCUUCGAAGGCUCCUGUGGAAGAGCUGCCUGAGACCGUCAAAGCGAAGAAGGCCUCGGCGACUGUGAGCCAGGUAGCAGACAACGAGGAGAUCUUGGACGCCCAGAAGCUGGACAGGGCCCUGGCAGCCCUGAGCAGUGGAUUGGCAGAGGUGCCCAAGUCAAGCCUGGACUCCUUGGACGACUUGGACGACGACCUUCAGCCGGAGUCGGAGGUGCCGCCGCUGCAGCGGCUCUUUGACCGCGCCUUUGGCCAUGUCAUGGACCGAGUGGAGGAUUCCUUCCAGGUCUUCCGAAGCGUGCUGCACCUGAGCCCGACUGAGGUGCUGCUGCAGGUGGCCAACCAGGAGCAGAUCCUGUCACAUCUGGCUGAUUUUGCAGGCGCCGCCGCAGCGCUCGAGACGCGGGCCUCUUCCCAGGCUCUGGGUGUGCGUCUCGCCUUGCGUGCUGCUGAGACUCCCGGCGGACGCAGCUUCGCUGGAAAGAUCUUGGAACUCCUCGGCACAGCGCUGGUGCAGGCGUCACAGGGCCCGAGCUACCGUGCGCUUUCCGUGCCCGUGGCCCUUGCGGGCUGCGCAGCCUACCGGCGCUUCUUCUUGCGGCGAGGGGCAGACGUCGCUUUGGCUCUGCCGACCGCGUCGCAAGGCGCCAGCUCCUCCAGCCUGCUGCACUGGAUGCAGUCGACUUUUGCAGACCAGGAGCUCUACAAGCGUCUGCACCUCGCCAUGGAGCACGCCGAGAAGGUGAUGACGGGCACCGGCCAGGAAGACUGGGUGCUCGAGAAGGCCAGGAAUAUCCGGCUGGAGUCGGAGCGGCAAGCAGCUGUUCUACGAGGAGCUGCGGCAUCCACCGCCCUCCUGGCGCUGCGGCAGGGGCUCCUAGUCCAGAAGCGGCCGCCUUGGUCAGCAGAAGCAGGCCGCUCGCUGUUUCUGGCUGUGGCGUCCACACUUGGGGUGGCUUCUUCCACGCUUGAGCCCCCCUUCGUGCGGCCCACGCCCCCGGCGCUGCUCCUCUACACCGCGGAGCUCCUCCACUUGCUCCUGCACCUGCCGGCUGACGAGGAAGCGGAUGCCAGUGCGGAGAUGGCUUCCAGCCCUUUCCAGCUGCUCGAUGACGCAGCGCGCGCCAUCCACGCUCUCCCAGUGCCCAAGACGCAACCGCGCCUCCCACUGGGGCUGCGGAUCAGCAGAGAGGAGGAGGAGCAGCUGGUCUCGAACUACAUCGGGGCCUUGCUGGAGUUGAACCUCACGCUGCCACCUGAUCCCAAGGCGAAGUCAGCGCCGGCCACCCUCGAGGAGUCUGGGAAGGAUCUGGCACUAGGUUGGGACGAGGCGCUCCUGUCGCCAGGUGACGAGCCAAAGACCUCAGCCGCCACAGAGGUGUCAAGGGUACUGGCGCAGAGCUCUGAGUGCCAGCGAUGGAACGCCGCCUACGCUCUCUACGUUUUGGGCGUGGACCUGGGCGCAAUCUUCAAGGAGUCCUUCGAAACCUGUGUCGCGCGUUGGCGCAAGCGGAAGGAGCAGGGCAAGGUUCUGCUUGCCCAGGACGUGCUCCAGCGAUCGCAGAAGCAAAACAUCGCAUUCAUGCUUGCCGAGUCUACGAUUUCGAAGGAGGUCGAGCAGAAAGCGAAGAUGAUCCUGGAGCGCUAUUCGACAAAAAACCUCAUCGAGCUGAAAGCCCAGUUGGUCCUGAAGCGCUUCAGCACCGAAAAACUGGUGGAACUGAAGGCCCAGCUGGCCCGACAGCGUGCCUCUCGAUGA